AUGGGUUGGUUUUGGGCAGAUACCGCACCCUCUGCGCCUGCUGCGCGCAAUGCACCGCAUCCAAUGCCACGAGGCAGCAUGGAGCCUCCUCCAGAAUGCCCCAUGCACAAGAAAGCCACACCGCCCGUUGUUGCAGAAAAGACAUCCCAAAGCGCCUGCCCCUACGUCCCACCUGAGAAAUCCUCAUCUGGCCCCUCCGAACCCCCCAAAACCGGCCUCCUCUCCCGCCUAAAUCCCCUCAACAACAUGUUCGCCGAUCUCUCAAACGAGCGUGCCGACAAACAAGUCCACAACCUGCCCCUCGAGCGCGAAACCUCGACCAUCCCCAAAGGCGACGGCUCCCUCUGGGAAUACCCCUCCCCGCAACAAAUGUACAACGCCAUGCUCCGCAAAGGUUACACCGACACGGACAUCACCGCCGUCGAAAGCAUGGUCGGCGUGCACAACUUCCUCAACGAAGGCGCCUGGGCCGAAAUCAUGGGCUGGGAACGCCGCUUCUCACGAGGCCUAGCCGAAGGCUAUCAAAUCUGCAAGAAAGGCGAAGACGUAGCGAAUUUCCUCCUCGGCACCGCCGACGACCCUUUUGACACGACAACCUGGGACGACAAAGACAUCCCACCCCCAAAACUCCUAAGAUUCACAGGCCGCCCCACGGAACCCACGCCGAAAUCCCAGAUCCUACAAUGGCUCGGUUACGUCAUGCCCGAGCAAUUCGGCACAAACCCGCCUUUUGAUCGCCACGACUGGUUCGUCGAGCGCUGCAAUGAGCAAGGUUGCAAGGAAAUUCGCUACGUGAUUGAUUACUACGAGGGUGCGCCCGAACCUACUGGUGAACCGGUUUUCUAUCUCGAUGUCAGACCUGCGGUUGAUGGACCGACGAGUGCCGCCGAGAGGCUGAUUAGGAGUGGCACGGAUAUUUGGUGGAGGGCUUCUGGGGGUGUGACGAGGGAGUUGAAGAGGUUGGAGAAGGCGAAGAGGGAGAAGGAGGAGGAGUGGGCGGCUAAGAGUAGGCAGUAUAACUAA